AUGAUAGGCGAGAACCCUGUAACCGCAGCCAAUCUGCACAUUUUUGGCUCUUUCACCCCUACGUCCACCCCGCCGAUGAAUAAACUUUUUCGUCAUAUUUGCAGUCGGGCACGGAACCACAUCCUGCAAGUGACAGGGAGACAGAAGCACUACACGGACUCAAAGCGCCGAGCUGUGGAGUAUAACUUUGGCAAUCAAGUUUGGCUCAGUAGUAAACAUUUGCCAGCGCUCAAUCACUGCUCUGAGUUCGAAGCUAGGUACCGCGGCCCCUUCACAGUGAGCGAACGUAACGGUAGGGUGGCUUACCGCCUUGCUUUGCCUCCCACCUAUGAGGGACACAACGUAUUUCAUGUACCUCAACUGGUCCCCGAUCACCCCCGAGCGGGGGCUCAACUUCCGCCGGAAGCUCUCGUGGGCUGGCCUCCUACCCGUGACGAAGCACGCAAACCUACUGACCAGUUCUUGCGGAUUACAUACUCGAUCAGCAGGGGACUGGAGACAAAGCACGUUACCUUGCUAAGUGGAAAGGCACCCCCGAGGAGCGGGCUGGGUGGCAGAGGGUGCAAGGGCCCCUUGUAUGUGCCUUCCAAGCUUUUCCGUACUGGUCAGUAUCUCUAG